AUGAAAACGGCUGCAGAAGUCAGAACGGUGAAAUCUCAGACUCACAACGCUACUAGCACCACGCCCGAGAUCGAUCUGCUGCUCGAAGAAUUUCGAAAAACGCCUUUUACAACCCGCAUCACCAGAACUAGGGUUUCAGACCCCAGAAAGAUCAAGGAAACGCCUUACGAUCGAACAACCGAUGCCAGGGCACACCUGCAAGCUUUCCAGAUCGCAAUGGGGAGUGUCAAAUUCAGAGAAAGCGAAAGGGAUGCCGGCGAAUGCCGCCUCUUCGUCGAAAACCUCCAAGGAGCAGCGAUUGAAUGGUUCUCCCGCCUGAAGCGGAAUUCCAUUGGAAGCUUUCGCAAACUCGGCUCGGAGUUUCUCAAGCAGAAGUGGAUAACCUUGGAUAAGCCUAGUACGAUUCAAAACGCGCUCCAUAAGGCCACAGACUACAUAACCAUCGAAGAAGAGACGAAAAUCUUAUCGCAAAAACACAAGCUCAAGAAAACUUCAUUGAAGGACCCCGGGUCGGAUCAGAAAUAUAAAAGAAGAAACCCUCAUAACAACAAAUACGUCCAUCAUGGGGAAGAGGAGACCCAGGGAGCGCAUAACUACGCCAUCAAUUCCGGACCAGAGCAAGGCCGGACAAUGGGAAAUACAUGGACCCGUAAUCCGAAUUACGACGAGAACUCCUUCUGCGAAUUCCAUCAGGCCGGCGGCCAUUCGACCAUAAAUUGCAAGGUUCUCAGUGCCAGGUUGGCCGCAAAGCUGCUCGCAGGAGAACUCGCCGAAGUAUCUAACAUAAAAAAUCUCAUCUGCGACUCAGACUAUCCUCCGAGAAACGAUAAAGCGCCUCAAACCGAGAAGUCUCUCUGA